UGAGUGACCGCAUCUCAUCUGAGCUGCCCACUCUGCAGUUUGCUGAGGCUUGGAUCUAACAGAUGUGAUGCUCCUGACAUGAGUGAAUGGCCCCUUAUAUAGCAGACAUGACAGCAGAGAAACCCCCUGGCCCAUGGGUAUCCAGCCCUGUGGGGGAGGUCAAGUUAAUGCCUGAACACGGGCUGGAGGAGGAACUCAACAGCUGCAACCAAGAAGUAACGCACUAUCACACAGACACGCCCACUGAGGAAUGUGCAGCAAUCAUUGACAGUCUGCACAGCGAGGAGCCGUUCUGUAGGAUCUGCCAUGAAGGCAGGUCCUCGGGGGAGCUACUGUCCCCCUGCGAGUGCUCUGGUAGCCUGGCCAUGGUGCACCGGUCUUGCCUGGAGCACUGGCUCACCGCCUCCAACAGCAGCCACUGUGAACUCUGCCACCACCAGUUUGCACUCGAGCGCCUGCCGAAACCUCUCACUGAGUGGUUGUGUUCUCCAUCCAUCCAACAACAGAGGAGGACGCUGUGUGGUGACGCAGUGUGUUUCUUGUUCAUCACACCACUCGCCAGCCUGUCAGGAUGGCUGUGUGUUCAGGGCGCCAUGGACCUCUACUACACCAACGGCAUGGAGGCCCUGGGACUCCUUGUACUCACGUUGGCCCUCUUUACCAUAUACGUCUUCUGGACCGUGGUAUCUGUGCGCUACCACAUGCAUCUGUUCAAGACAUGGAAGAAGACCGACCAGAGAGUGCAACUGCAGAUUCCCUUGCCUGCCCACACCACACGUCACCAACAGACCCUGUCCAUGAACACCUUCGGCAAAGCCACCAACAAAGAGACUAUGGUGUAGACUACAUUCUACAAUCCUGAACAUAAGUCACAUAUGAGGGAGGAUAGUAACAAAGGUCAAGACAGGUUCCAAUCCUGAUAUAGAAAAGUUGAAGCCAGGACUAAAAGACUCCUUUAAGAGGUGGAGGACUGUUACACCAGCCUCUGUAAACCUUGUUGUGGAAGCUGAGUGCCAGGAACAAUUGUGUCAAAGGAGCAAAUCUCAGUCUUCUCACAAACUUUGAGUCUGUCUCACAUCUGACAUCUUUCCUGGAGAAGACAAUGAAGCGUUCUAAUCUGCCAAUCCAGUUACUUUCCUCCUCAUGGAACAAGCAAGUGUGUUUGACUUUUAAGAACUAAAGAUAGCGAUACUUUAGCUCAGGCACAUCAUCCAUCUGACAACUCAUCAGGUGUUCAGAUUGACUCUUUCACACAAACUUUUCAAUAAAGCUCUGCUCAUCAGUC